GAUAUGGAGGUGAUGGAGGAGGUGGGGGUGGUGGUUAUGGAGGAGGUGGGGGAGGUGGUUACCGUGGUGGCAGAGGGGGAGGGGGAGGGGGAAGAGGUAGAGGUGGGGGAAGAUCAAGUUUUCAGAAAGAUAUGGAUCCAGAGCACGAACAGUUCCGAAAACUCUUCAUCGGUGGUCUGAGUUACGACACGACCGAAGAUGGUUUGAAGGAACAUUUCGGACAGUGGGGAGAAGUCAUUGACUGUAUCGUCAUGAAAGACCCAAACACUAAGAGGUCACGAGGGUUCGGUUUCAUCACAUACAAGCUGGCGUCUGAAGUGGAUGAAGCUCAGGGUAACCGACCACAUACGAUAGACGGUCGCGAGGUGGAGUCAAAACGAGCCAUGCCAAGAGAGGAGUCUGGUGGGAGUUCCAAUUCGCAGCAGUCGGUAAAGAAGAUGUUUGUGGGAGGCCUGAAGGACGACACGACGGACGAACAGAUGCGAGAAGCGUUUAAUGAGUUCGGCACGAUCGAGGAAGUCAACAUGAUCACAGACAAGACCACCGGCAAGCUGAAAGGUUUCGCCUUCAUCACAUACGACGAUCAUGACGCUGUCGAUAAGGCUGUUUUGAAGAAGUUCCAUGACGUGAAUGGCAGGAAGCUGGAGGUGAAGAAAGCUCAGUCGAAGGACAGUGAAGGAGGCCGGGGAGGAAGAGGUGGCAGGGGAGGACGAGGUGGUGGAGGAGGUUAUAGUGGUGGCGGAGGAUAUGGGGGAGGUGGUGGAGGAUAUGGAGGUCAGAGUGGAGGAGGCUAUGGAGGUCAGAGUGGAGGAUAUGGCGACUCGUACGGAGCGGGUUACGGUGCCUCUCAGGGAGGUGGAGGGAGCUGGGGAGGCAGUUCAUUUGGAUCUGGUUACGGGGAAGGAUACGGAGGGGGAUCCAUGAAGAGCGGAGGGGGUUACUCACAGCGAGGACAGGGACCAUAUGGAGGUGGAUACAGCAGUGGUGGAGGUUAUGGUGGACGAUAAGUGCUAUUUGAAGACUACCAGGCAGGCAGGCACAGUGAUCUUUACAGAGGAAAUUUUGGACAACCGGUUAGCUAUAUUCAUCAGGCACACAUAGUAUCAGAUUAUCCAAUAUCUUAACUGGACAGUGAAAUUAUCAGCAGGCAGUUAGAUGAGAGCUUAGUUCAUCUGUGAAAUUAUCAACAGGCAGUUAAAUCAGAGCUAAGCAUCAGAGAAAUUAUCAGCAGGCAGUUAGAUCAGAGCUAAGUUUGUCAGUGAAACUAUCAACAAGCAGUUAACAGCCAUGUUCGUUCAUCAACAACUGCUAGAUACAGAAAAUCAAGAACCACUAAUGGCAGGAAAGCUAACGAAAUCGAGAAUGCUAUACCUGCUAGAUAUUGAAAUAUGUGUAUCAGUCUUUGAAAUAAAAAAUUUAAAAAAGGCUGGAAAAAUCCUGGGUAUAUGCCUAGAUUCUGUCGCACAGUAACCUUGAAAUUUUAUGAUGCCAGCCAGAUGUUGAUAUACCAAAACUUUUUGUUUUUACCUUUCCUCAGGAGCGUCUUGUGACGUGUUUAGUGUUGGACACAGCAGGCUUGUGCCAAAUUUUGACUUGUGGUGAUAAUGGACACUUGUGAUCUUGCUAAAACUAAAAGAAUGGUUUUGCAGGAGACCUGUUCAGUUUUGUACGAGUAUUUUAGACAUUGUCAUUAAUUUGUUUUUAACGUCUCAUCUGUUACUAUCAUUGUCACUGGUCUUAAUAAAUGUUUUUAAUAUC